UUCACCCAUGCACAUCCUCCUCGCGUGGUUCUGGUGACAGAGUCACGGUUUCCCGGUUCCACAGCAAGCGCACCUGAGUUUGUCCCAUUCAACUCACAUACUUUUUAACUUUCCUCCUUUCUCUCUCUCCCUGCACUCAUCAACACCUCAAACACGCGACGUUUGUAGUAAAAUAAUCAUCGGUUAAACCUUCGCAGGACUGGAGAACUGGAAAUGAAGAGAGAUUUGACGUGUUUCUGUCGGAUUUGGGUUGGGAUCGUUGCUGCUUCAGGUCUGGUGAUUGGCUACUCUAUGACUCCGCCCACCAUUGACAGCCACAAAGAAGACCUCGUGAUCCACGCAGAUGAAACACUGACCAUCACAUGCAGGGGUCAGCGUACUCUGUCCUGGGUGUGGCCUGAGACGACCCUGGUGGGAGAGGAGCUGACUGACCGUCAGACCGGACCCAGGCCCAGCAGAGCCCCAGGGAGAGAGGCCGAGACUGGGUCUGGAACCCUCAUCCUGGAGUGUCCAGGGGAGCCUGGAAGGCCCUAUUGCAAGACCCUGGUUCUCACUGGAGCUAAAGGGAAUGAUACAGGGUACUACCGCUGUUACUACAGAGAUGUCAAGGCUGUCAUCGACGGGGCCACGGCUGCUACUCUAUAUGUGUUUGUCAGAGAUUUGGAGCAGCCUUUCCUCAGGAGAAACGGAGGAAGCAACGGGGACCUGGAGACCAUCUUCAUAUCAAGAUCCUCCACUCACGUCACAGUACCUUGUCUAGUCACUGUGCCCGACCUCAACGUCACACUUUAUCUGUGGGAGACGAUACCUAUGCUCCUGGAGGAUGAGGGGAUGGUGUGGGACAGUAAAAGAGGCUGGUCCAUCCCUAGACAAACCUUAGACUCCAGACCUUUCCUCAUUGGGAUUUACUGCGAAGCUACACGACAAGGGAGACACUACCGCUCUACUCUCUACCUGGUGCAGUCCACAGGAAGUCAGGUUUACGACUUCAAGCUCUAUCCAGAGGACUCAGUGGAGCUGUUCGUGGAGGAAGCACUGACGCUCAACUGUACCGCCACAGUGGAGUUUAACACCCUGGUCGAGUUCCAGUGGUCCUAUCCUGGAAAACAGAUGAACAGUACAGUGGGCAUAGUGCACAAGCGUAAUUCUCUCUCUCGGUUCACGGAGGCCGUCAGCAUCCUGACCAUCCAAAGCGUCAACGUCACCGACACCGGCACUUACACCUGCUCUGCCAUCAGCGUGGAAAAAAUGGAUCUGGAAACACAAGUCAUCGUGUAUGAGAAACCAUUCAUCAGCCUAGACUACAUGAGCGGCCCGGUCGUCGAGGCAACAUCAGGACAGAAGUCUUUUAAACUGUUAGUCAAGGUGUCGGCAUACCCCAGACCUGACAUACAGUGGUAUAAAGGUGAUAAGUUGAUCAGCCGUCGUCCAGAGUUCAACAGGAUGCGUCUCCAUCAGCACUAUAACUUAGAGAUCAGAGACGUUCACCCUGAGGAUGCUGGGAACUACACCGUCGUCCUCAAGAACACCGCCUCCCCGCUGGAGAGGAGACUCACCAUCACACUCAUCAUCAACGUUCCCCCUCAGAUCCAUGAGAAGGAAAUAGCGACACCCUCUAACCCGUAUAGCCGUGGCAGCAGACAGACCCUCAUCUGUACAGGGUACGGACUCCCCGCCCCCAACAUCACCUGGCAGUGGAGGGCAUGGAGCCCCUGUGGCCUCAACAGCACCCAACGCCUGGAAGACAAACACCCACACCUAUUGGGGAGAACUAAUCUGCAGCCUCUGCCAUGGAGUCGGAGGGAUCGUAAAGGGCGUAGCGACAGCGUCUCAGACUGUCAGAACUGGCAGGACCUGGACUCACAGAACACCGUUAAUAGAAUAGAAAACAUCGAGACGUCAGUCGAAGUGGUGGACGGGAGGCAGAAGAUAGUCAGCAGACUGGUGAUCCAGAACGCCAGUGUAUCAGUCAUGUAUAAAUGUACUGCUAACAACAAAGUGGGUAAAGACCAGAAGCUGAUAUACUUCUAUGUGACCACUAUCCCAGAAGGGUUCAGUGUAGAGCUGGGUCCGUCUGAGGAACCUCUGGAGCAGGAGGAGGUGUCGCUAAGCUGCAUCGCUGACAACUACACCUACGAACAGCUCACCUGGUACAGACUGGACCCGCAGGCGCUGCAGGAUGAGCGUGGUAAACCCCUGGAGCUGGACUGUCGUAGUGUCCACCUGUACGCUGACCGCCUGGAUGGACAACUGACCUAUCAGGAGCAGUCUAACAGCUGGGUCCUGGAGAUGACUAUAGCGAGCAUCACGCUACAGGAUGAAGGGAACUAUGUCUGUGAGGUUCAGAAUAGGAGGAGCCGAGAGAAACACUGUCUACGCAAAUACAUAUCGGUUAAAGCUCUAGAAGCCCCCUGGUACAGACACAACCCAGCCAAUCAGACACUGAAUGUCAGUGAGUCUCUCCUGAUGGAGUGUGAUGUAGUGGGAACUCCUUCACCACACCUCUCCUGGUUCAAAGACAACCAGCCCCUGCACCAAAUGUCAGGACUGCAGCUACAGGACGCCAACAGGACGUUGAGUAUCCAGCGAGUCAGAGAAGAGGACGCCGGUCUCUACACCUGCACCGCCUGUAAUCAGAGGGGCUGCGCACACUCCUCCGCUGCUGUCACAGUGCUGGGUUCUAGUGACAGGGCUAACUUGGAGAUCAUGAUUCUGAUUGGGACGGGUGUCAUCGCUGUGUUCUUCUGGGCUCUACUCCUUCUCAUCUUCUGCAACGUCAAACGGGUGAACCCAGCAGACAUAAAGACAGGCUAUCUAUCCAUCAUAAUGGACCCAGGGGAGGUUCCUCUGGGUGAGCAGUUUGAAUACCUCCCCUACGACUCCUCCCAGUGGGAGAUAUCUAUGGACAAACUACAACUAGGGAAGGUGUUGGGUCAUGGAGCGUUUGGGAAGGUCAUCGAGGCCUCCAUCUUUGGCAUCAGCCAGAACAACAGCCUGGACACUGUGGCGGUGAAGAUGCUGAAAGAGGGAGCGUGUGCCAGUGACCACAAGGCUCUGAUGUCAGAGCUGAAGAUCCUGAUCCACAUUGGGAAUCAUCUUAACGUGGUCAACCUCCUGGGGGCAUGCACCAAACCCAGCGCCCCCCUCAUGGUGGUGGUGGAGUACUGCAAGUAUGGGAACCUGUCCAACUACCUGAGAGCCAAGAGAGAGUUCUUCCUACCUUACAGGGACCGCUCCCCUAAGACUCAGAGCCAGGUGAGACGCAUGAUAGAGGCGGGACAAGUGGAGCAGAGAGCCCGCCUCCCACCUUCCCCGUCCUCCUCCUCUACUGGCAGCCUCCAGAAUCAGUCACCCAGCAAGUCCAAUCAGAAGAGCCACACUCCUGCUGUGGAGAAAAUGGAAGAUCUAUGGAAGACUCCUCUCACUAUAGAAGAUCUGAUUUGCUAUAGUUUCCAGGUGGCCAGGGGAAUGGAGUUCCUGGCCUCACGAAAGUGUAUCCACAGGGACCUUGCAGCGAGGAACAUCCUGCUGUCAGAGAACAACGUGGUGAAGAUCUGCGACUUCGGCCUGGCGAGAGACAUCUACAAAGACCCCGACUACGUCAGGAAAGGCAGCGCCCGUCUGCCACUGAAGUGGAUGGCUCCAGAGAGUAUCUUUGACAAGGUCUACACCAGCCAGUCUGACGUCUGGUCCUUUGGUGUUCUUCUCUGGGAGAUCUUCUCUCUGGGUGCAUCUCCGUACCCAGGUGUCCAGAUCGAUGAGGACUUCUGUAAACGACUGAAAGAUGGAACCAGGAUGAGAGCUCCUGAAACAGCAUCUCCUGAGAUCUAUGGUAUAAUGCUGGCCUGCUGGCAGGGCGAGCCCCGAGAGAGACCUCCCUUCCAAGCCCUGGUAGAUAUCCUGGGAGACCUACUACAGGACGACAGCCUACCAGAUGGUAAGGACUACAUCCCCCUGAAUCCAUCCCAGAGCUCUGAGGAAGACAGCUUCUUUCACGCCUCAUCACGACCCGCUUCACAGGAGGAGAUGAGACUGGCCUGUCACAGCAUACCCAUCAGGUAUUAUAACUGUGUGCCCUUCGCUGGCUGUGUGUUCGUGGGGCCGUCGAAGCUGUCGUCAUGCCAACCCAGAGUGAAGACAUUUGAGGAGCUACCAAUGGAAACGGCCUGGUAUAAAACCCACAACAACGGAGACAACCAGACAGACAGCGGGAUGGUUCUGGCGUCGGAGGAGUUUGAGAUGAUUCAACACAAACACAGAGGAGCCAAUAGGAGUACAGAGCGCCUGGUGGUGGUAGAGUCCAGCGGUAGCUCCGUUAGUUCCAGACACCGACCAGCCUUCCUCUCCCAGCUCUCUGGCCAGACCUUUUACAACAACGAGUAUGGUCAGCUGUCAGAGGAGGGCAGGGUCCUGGACUUCUUCUCCUCCCCUGAUGAUACAUGCUGCCCCUCCUCCUCCAACCUGUGAUUGACUAGUGGGUUAGCCCCUCCUCCUCCAACCUGUGAUUGACUAGUGGGUUAGCCCCUCCUCCUCCAACCUGUGAUUGACUAGUGGGUUAGCCCCUCCUCCUCCAACCUGUGAUUGACUAGUGGGUUAGCCCCUCCUCCUCCAACCUGUGAUUGACUACAGUGGGUUCCAAUAGUUCAGAUUCCAGUCUUGCUAGACACAAGGGUUGGGAUUAUAUUGUAGUAUAUAUACUCAAUCACAUCUCCUUCCCUCUCUUCCUUGCUGUCACUCCUUCCCUUCUCCAUGGCCACACCGGCCCAUACUGGACUUCGCCGUCAGUACCUGCAGUUCUUUAAUCAACCACUGGGUGGCAGUAUGUCAAAACCAAGUUAUGAUAUAUCAACCACAGUUCAGAUGUGUGUCUGUAUACAGAGUAAGCUUUUGAUUAUUUGUAAAAAAAAUAAAAUAAAAAAAAUGAAAAUAAAGAAAUAUAUCUUCUUUA